GGUAUUAUCCCUCUCAGUAAUCUCGUCGGCAAGUAGUAAGACUUGUCCCAGUCAACAUACCUAGCGCUUCUGUUAUGCCCUCCCGGGUGAAACUGAUGAUACUAUCCACGUUUGAGCAUGAGUCGUUAUUAUAUAUUUUCGUUGGUUUGUUUACAAUUCGUAAUGGAGGAUGUGUUUUUAAUCCAAAGACGACAUCGAGCUAUAUUGGCCGCUGGCGUCAAGUUUCACAUUGUCCUGCGAGUAUGAACCACGCAACCAUACUGCUUAACCACUCAGUGCUCCUAGACAGAAGAGGGGACGAGCUUCUCACCGCAACGUUUCGCUGCACACGAGAUGCACAGAGUUUCACCAGCAUGACAGGGAUCUUGCGUCGAUGCAGAGAUACUACAGACCAGUGCGAGCAUUUUUCAAGACUUGAAUGGAAGCAUGGCAUUUGCUCACUGUUGCCCGUUAAAAAUGCUAUGUGGUCGUCGAUCAUUGAACAAUGGGAGCCUAAGAUGAAAUGCCCUUUCAAAAAGACAACAUACACGGGAGGAAACAUGUCGUUCGACUGGGAUUUAAUGUUGGCCGCUCUUGGCGUUCAAAAUGGAGCUGGUAUUUGGGGCAUAAAAGGUUUUUUGCGUGAUGAAAAUAGCCUUGCGCACGUGUGCUUUGAUGUUUUUGUAGAAUUGAUUAAAAUAAGACGAAAACACUACCCCUCUAGCUUUAAUACAGUCCUAUCGACUAUUUCUACAAGAAGAAUAAGUGCCAUCCUAACUUUAUUCUUGGUCUUUACCAUCUUCAGCGAGUUCAGUCCCAAAAACAGGAGUUAUGAGCUUAAUUUCAAGGAGCGAAUUCUAAGACCCUACCCGACUGAAGAGAAGGCAGAUCCUGAGGAACCCCAAAAAACCACGUUCGAAGUGCAGCCAAAGCAGAAAAGGUUCUCUUGGGAUGAAUUCUUUCUUGCGGUCUGCAUUAUCGAGGCCCAAUACGCCUUCCUGAAGCAAAAAGAUCUCACCGGGAAUUCCGGAGCGACCUCCAAUCGAAAAAUGCAAGGCUCCUGCAUUGUCAAAGACAAUGUGAUCGUAGGAUUGAGUUCCCACGAUAAAGCUUCUGGAGCCGGAGCUAUCAUCCCUGCAAUUUUAAUGGCAGGAGCUGCUGCGAAAGGGGCAAAGUUAUACACUUUGGACUACCCGUGCAACAAAUGUGCUCAAAUAAUUGCGCAAAGUGGCAUCAACCAAGUCUUGUAUCUGGAUGGUUCAGAAGAUAAAGCAGUGUCUGGGAUUAUUUUCGAUCGAAGGAUGAGCAUGGAGAAGAAACCUUUUUCAAUAAGGCAAAUCAAACCUCAAGCAAAUCCUUGGAAAGUUAUCUUUGAUUUCUACGAGGUAGAGACCCCCAGAGGUGGACGGAAAACUACGGAUGCGCAGAUGCAGUCAUGCUAUUGCGGUCCGUCUGCACCAAAACGCACCAAAACUGAUAAAUAGUGCACUUCGCCAUGAUCAUUUCCAAUCAGUAGUAUAACCCAUAAUCUUUAGUAAUCUUCUAUAAUCAUUCCAUAAUCUUCUAUCACUGUUUGUAAAUCUUCUUUUGUUGGCGGGGUUUUCAAAUUAAAAUGAAAUAAAACGUUUUCUGCAAUGGAUGACAAAUACAAAGUGUUUAUAGAAAAAGUGGUCCAGUAUGAUCAGAUCAUCGAUAAUGGGCUGAACAGGCAGGCAGAUGUGCAGACAGAGAGACAAAGUUUCUUCUCAUCAGAA